GAGCUGUGAGUUGAGUAAUGUAGCUGCUAGCUCUGACCUGAGGUUGAGGUAAACAAGCGUCUCAUAACACGCAGGUUUUUAUUGUAUUUUAUCUUAAUGAACGACAGAUGGAUGUGGCUCUGCAGAUGUUCAGUUAAUGUUUACUUUGAGUGAUAUCGUACACUAUGUCAGCUUUGCUGUUGCACCAAAAUGCUGGCGUUUGUAGAAAGUAUAGUAGAAGUGUGCUGUGGACGCUGUCGAGGCGGAGCUGUUAUGCUCUGGCAAACAGACUGGUGUCCAGCGGGAGUGGCAGAAACCUGCUGUCCAGGUGGGAUUAUGUCAGGAAAACUAUUGUUUCCAGAUCUGAACGGACUCUGACGGGGCAGUCUCAGGAGAAACUCAUUCAGAGUCUUCUCCACAGACCUCUGGGCCCUGGCAUGCUGGGACUUGGCAAAGAUUUAAUUAGGAACAACCUGUUUACGAACCCCAUUGGUUUGGUAAAUCUGUUAGGAGGUAUGAACUUUUUCAGUACAUCUCAGUCAAAAAAACAAGAUAAAAGUAAUGAACCAAAGGGAAGAACUCCACAGGAAGAUGAAGAGGAGAAGAAACGCCGUGAGCAGGAAAAUCAGAUGUACCGGGAGCGCCUGCGGACCCUGCUCUUCAUAGCAAUCAUCAUGAGUCUGCUGAACUCCAUUAAUACCAGCGGUGGAAACAUCUCUUGGAACGACUUUGUCAACGAGAUGUUGGCCAAAGGAGAAGUAUCACGCGUGCAGGUCGUUCCUGAGAGUGACAUUGUAGAAAUCUAUCUUCAUCCCGGAGCUGUUAUCUUUGGAAGGCCUAGGCUGGCGCUCAUGUACAGAAUGCAGGUUGCCAACAUUGACAAAUUUGAGGAGAAGCUGAGACAAGCUGAGGAAGAGCUGAAAAUUGACACCAAAGACAGAAUACAGGUGUCAUACAAACGAACUGGAUUUUUUGGAAAUGCGGUCUAUGCUCUGGGGAUGGCUGCUAUUGGUGUGGCUUUUCUCUGGUACAUCUUUCGACUGGCAGGCAUGGGUGGCAGAGAGGGGGGCUUCAGUGCUUUUAAUCAGCUGAAGAUGGCGAAGUUCACCAUCGUGGAUGGCAAAUCUGGCAAAGGUGUGCGUUUCAGGGAUGUAGCAGGAAUGCAUGAAGCUAAGUUGGAAGUUAAGGAAUUUGUUGACUACCUCAAGAGUCCUGAAAGAUACCUCCAGCUGGGAGCCAAGGUCCCCAAGGGUGCUUUGCUGCUUGGACCCCCAGGGUGUGGAAAGACUCUUCUAGCUAAGGCUGUAGCUACAGAGGCCCAAGUGCCCUUUCUGGCUAUGGCUGGCUCUGAGUUUGUGGAGGUCAUUGGAGGCCUUGGUGCCGCAAGGGUCAGGAGUCUGUUCAAGGAGGCUCGUGCGCGAGCACCUUGUAUUGUCUACAUUGAUGAGAUUGAUGCUGUAGGAAAGAAGCGCUCAACAAAUCAGUCUGGUUUCUCAAAUACUGAAGAGGAGCAGACUCUCAACCAGCUCCUGGUAGAGAUGGAUGGAAUGGGAACAACAGACCAUGUCAUUGUCCUUGCCUCCACGAACAGAGCAGAUAUUUUGGACAAUGCUCUCAUGAGACCAGGCAGGCUGGACAGACACAUCUUCAUAGAUUUACCCACUCUGCAGGAAAGGAAGGAGAUCUUUGAGCAGCAUCUGAAGAUCCUGAAGCUGACCCAGCCAGCUGACUUCUACUCUCUGCGGCUGGCUGAGCUUACCCCCGGCUUUAGUGGUGCAGAUAUUGCUAACAUUUGUAAUGAAGCUGCUCUUCAUGCUGCACGAGUGGGUUUCAAGUCCAUAGACACGUUCAGCUUUGAGUAUGCGGUGGAGAGAGUCAUAGCAGGGAGUGUGAAGAAGAACAAGAUCCUGUCUAAAGAAGAACAGAGGAUUGUUGCUUUCCAUGAGUCUGGACAUGCCUUAGUGGGAUGGCUACUUGAGCACACGGAGGCUGUAUUGAAGGUGUCUAUCGCCCCACGUACAAACGCUGCCCUGGGAUUUGCUCAGAUCUUACCCCGAGAUCAAUACCUAUUCACCAAGGAGCAGCUAUUUGAGCGCAUGUGCAUGGCUCUGGGGGGACGAGUUGCUGAGGCAAUUACCUUUAACAAGGUUACCACAGGAGCCCAAGACGACCUGCGUAAGGUGACGCGGGUGGCCUACUCCAUGGUGAAGCAGUAUGGCAUGAGCGACAGCGUCGGACAGGUCUCGUUCCCAGACACAGAGCAGCAGGGCGCCGUCGGACGGCGUCCUUUUAGUCGGGGUCUGCAGGAGCAGAUGGAUCAUGAAGCUAAGAUGUUGAUAGCCCGUGCAUACAGACACACAGAGAAGCUGCUGCUGGACAACAGAGACAAGCUGCUGCUGUUGGCCAAUUCCCUUUUAGAGCGUGAAGUGGUGAACUAUGAUGACAUUGAAGCUUUGUUGGGUCCACCACCCCAUGGCCCCAAAAAGAUGAUCCUCCCACAGAGCUGGGUGGAGGCUGAGAGAGACAAACAGGACACAGGAGAAGAGGAGCCUCCGCCUCCUUCUCCCAGGGACAGAGAUGAGGACUUGAAUCCUCAGAUGACCUGAUUUUAAGAUGAAUGUCCCUAAACUAUUUUCCAACCACUGCGUUUUGUUCAUAAGGGGAGGGGUUACGGAAAUGUAAUAAAACCUGUGAUCGGCUGCACCUUGAAGCUCUAUGUUCCUGAAACUGGAAUCAAAGUUUCUGAAAUGGAUCCAUUCAGACCCCCGUGCAAAUGAUCACAUGCAUCAGCAUUUUUUUCCCGGUUAGUUAACACAUUCGGAUCAUCUGAAUGCAACUUUGAUCACCACAGUAGGAAUGUUUUUCCCACGUUCUUAUGAGAGCAGGUUUAUUUCACUCAAAUGUCUGUAGGAUAUCAAAUGCAGAUAGACUAGAAGUGCCCUGCUAUCAGCAUUUGUUGUGUGCAUUUAACAGAUAUAUAUGAUGUGUGUGUUUUAUUUACAUGCAGAUGUACUGUAGCACAGAGUUUGGAUUCAGUUAUUUGUUGGGGGGCUGAAAGUUGUACAGCUCACAUUUAUACAAAUGUGUGCAAGUGAGUACAGUAAAGCUGUUGCUGAAACAGAGACAGUAAGAAAGAAAUGACAAAUUCUUCAUCCCAGAGGAAACCAAAAUAAAAUACAAAAAACUCUUAGGGAUAAAAUAUUUAAGUGUAUUGGUGUAUUUCUGUCUAUUUUGUGAUCAAACAAUGUUUUUGCCCUUCCACCACCCUUCUCAAAGCAACUUGAGAGCAAAAAUAAAUUAUACUCAUAUUAUUUGCAGGUAUAUUGUGAUGAUAUGAAUCCCAAAAGUUUUCUGUUGAGCUGAAUCUCAGGAUCAUUUGAUAAAAGCCGUUGGAUGUGUGUUUAUAGGCAAUUAUUUAACGUGAUUCCCUCUUGGUGACCGUCUGGACGUUUCAGGUCGAUACAUGCCUUACAUUUAUAAGCUAAUGUUAUGGCCCUGUGAUUCUGCUCAUAAGCAAGAACUGUGCAAUUAUGCAUUAUUGUAGGGCAGGAUGUAGUGAUUGCUCUUUGAAAAAAAUAAUUAUUCAAACCUAUUCUGUUUUAUUUGAUAAAGACACAUUUAGAGAAAAUAAGUCAAAGUAGUUGAGGUUGCUUUAUCCUUUAAAGGCUUUUUGUGUAGGACUGAAUUCAUCCAAAAUAAUGGUGUCAACCAAUACUUCAUUAAAGUUGAAUUUGAAUUAUGA